AUGAUCGACAACAUAUCGUCAUUGACCUCAUCACAGCUGAAUAGCCAUUUGUCAACAACAUCGAUGAUGGUGUUGUCAACUGCGGAGGGCGUUGAUCAAAUGGAGCUUCUUCUCAACAGCAAGGGUGUUGUUGCUCGUGCAUUACAUCUAUCAAGAGGAGUUGAGAAACCAAGUGGUAGGGUUACUUACAUAGUUGUUCUUGAAAGAUUGAGCAGAUUUAGUGUUGAGGAGCUUAACACAAGAGGAACUUACACUACUGGAAGAAUUUCUCCUAUUGAUAUGACAGGGGCUGAAAUGAAGCAAGUAGAACAAGACACAAACUUCAUAGUAUUGUCUACACAGUUUAUACAAAUUGCCAUGGAGCUUAUUCUUGUUCUUGAACAGGAGAUUGAAAAUAAAUGCAACCUCAACAACCAGGUUAUAACAGCUCACGUGUUUAGCUUGAACUUCUUGCUGAAUUUGCGAUGGCAUAUAGCCAUUGAAGAAGUUGAGUUGGACCUAAAAGCUGCAAAAGAAAGGCUUGAUGGUGACCACUAUGGCUUAGUCAAAGUCAAACAAAUGAUUAUUGAAUAUCCGGUAGUUCGCGAGCUGAAACCGAAUGCAAAAAGCCAGAUAUUAUGCUUUGGAGGCCCCCCAGGUGUUGGGAAAACAUCAUUGGCAUCAUCAAUUGCUACUGCUAUUGGGAGGAGGUUCAUAAGAAUAUCUCUUGGUGGUGUAAAAGAUGAAGCAAACAUUAGAGGCCAUAGAAGGACAUACAUUGGAAGCAUACCCGGUCGCCUUAUUGAUGGAUUAAAGGUCAAAUUAAUGUAA